GAAUUCGAGUGAGAGGCUUCGAUUCGAGAAAAUGGCUAUCAAUCCGCGAAAAAGGAAGGCGGUAACGCGGGAGUCCCCUGUGGGCGACUCUGCGGACGAGGAGCUAGCCGACGGGCUUCUCGAAGGCAUCCUUUCUCACAGCGACGACGAUUCGGACGAUAACCACGACGGUCAGGAGUCCGAUGAAAGUAGUACCAAUGACGAGCAUUCCGAUGAAGAUGAGGAUAACAGCGAGGAGGAAGAAGACGAAGAGGAAGAGGACAUAGACAGCGACGAAGUGCCCUCCGAAGGCGAGGAAGACAUACGGGAACAGCUUCGCAAGCUGAGAACCUCCGACGGACCACAGAGGCGGAAAGCGUCGCAUCCAUCUUCCAACCAGAAUACUUCAUUCCAGGCUGCGGAUGGGCUAGAAGAGGCGGAGGACAACGGGCGCAAUUACACUGUGACGACCGACGCCAAUGGCAACCCCAGAUACAUCUACAAAGAGAUUGAUCCCGUGUACGACUCCGACGAUUCCGACGCGCCGGAGACAACGAAUACCAUCGGGAAUAUACCUCUGUCAUAUUACGAUGCAUAUCCGCACAUUGGUUACGACAUCAAUGGGAAGAAGAUUAUGCGCCCUGCAAAGGGCGAGGCUCUGGAUGCGCUGCUUGACAGCAUCGACAUUCCCAAAGGCUGGACUGGCCUCACAGACCCUGACACAGGAAAGCCGCUGGAGUUGGCAGAGGAAGAGUUAGAUGUUUUGAAGAAACUGACGCGAAACGAAAUCCCUGAAGAAGGGUACGACCCAUAUCCCGAAAUGGUGCACUACUUCUCUGGAAAGUUGGAGGUGAUGCCUUUAAGUUCAGCGCCAGAGCCGAAGCGACGAUUUGUACCGUCUAAGCAUGAAGCGAAGCGAGUCAUGAAAAUCGUGAAGGCUAUAAGAGAAGGUCGCAUUCAGCCCUACAGGCCUCCUCCAGAGGAUGAAGAGGAGGAGCAGGAAGUUCCGCAAUACGACCUUUGGGCCGACGAAGUUCCGCGUCCUGAGCACAGCAUGCAUAUACCUGCGCCUAAGCUACCUCCGCCGGGUUAUGACCAGAGUUAUCACCCGCCUCCUGAGUAUCUACCGGAUAAGGAUGAGAAAGCCGCAUGGGAACAAGCCGACGAAGAAGACAGGGAGAGGGAGUACUUGCCGAGAGACCAUGAUGCACUGCGGAAGGUUCCCGGUUACGAAAGGUUUGUUAAGGAGAAGUUCGAGCGCUGCCUUGAUUUAUACCUGGCACCACGAGUGAGAAGAAACAAGCUCAACAUUGAUCCCGAAUCGCUCCUGCCGAAGCUACCCAGCCCUGACGAGCUGAAGCCGUUUCCAACGACAUGCGCGGCGAUUUUCAGAGGCCAAGAAGGCCGUGUCCGGAGUGUGUCUAUUGAUCCGAGAGGCUUGUUUGUGGCUAGCGGAGGUGAUGAUGGAUACGUGCGCAUUUGGGAACUGCUCACUGGGCGGCAGCUUUGGAAUGCGAAGCUCUCGGAUGAGGAUGCGGUCGAUGCUGUCCGCUGGAGGCCUGGCAAGGAUUCGGCAAUCCUCGCAGCGGCCGCAGGGGAGACUAUCUACCUCAUUGUGCCCUUCGCCAUCCUUUCCCCGGACGUUGAGCAGAGCAGCCGUGAACUGCUAGAUGCGGGCUGGGGCUACGCAGCAUCAAAACCUUCAACAACUAAUGGCCUGCCAGCCAAGGAGCCAGCCGCUCGUUGGAGUCGUCCGGGACAACGGCUCGAGGAAAAGGGCAUCUUGGUGCAGGCCACGGUGCGGUCGAGCGUCAAGGUUAUACACUGGCAUAGGAGGGGUGAUUACUUUGCAACAGUAUCUCCACGGGGCCAGAGCAGUGCUGUUGCUAUCCAUACUCUGUCCAAGCACCUCACGCAGCUGCCAUUCCGCCGCCUCAAGGGGCUCGCACAAUCGGCACAAUUCCACCCCUCUAAACCGAUUUUCUUUGUGGCAACGAAGAACUCCAUACGAAGCUAUGAUCUGGCCAAGCAAGAGCUUGUCAAGAUUCUGCAGCCUGGUGCCAAAUGGAUCUCAUCGUUCGAUGUGCACCCUGGUGGAGACAAUCUUAUUGUCGGGACAUACGACAAACGCUUGCUCUGGCAUGACCUGGACCUCUCCACGAAGCCUUAUAAGACGCUCCGCUACCAUCAGCAGGCGAUCCGAGCAGUGGCCUUCCAUCACGGAGGAUUGCCCCUCUUUGCAGAUGCAAGCGAUGACGGAAGUCUGCAGAUUUUCCAUGGCAAGGUUGUCGGUGACCUGAUGGAGAACGCGACAAUCGUGCCAUUGAAGGUGCUACGGGGCCACCAGGUGAAGAGCAGAUUAGGUGUCAUGGAUGUGGUCUGGCAUCCACGCGAGCCAUGGUGCGUGAGUGCUGGUGCAGAUGGGACUUGUAGGCUGUGGUGUUAGAAGGGCACGUGGUAGGCACGCGGUGUGUUGUUAGGCCGUCCAAAAAGCAUCUGAUGUCUCUAUCCUGGUAGCAAAUACAUGGCCCAGUAAUUGAAUACCACUGAAAUCUCGUCC